GCCGCCAAACAGGGUCUACCACUAUUCUUGAGACCCCUCUUUCCUCUAUAUAAAUGUUCCCAUUUUAGCUCCUUUCAGUGGCGCCAGUGUUUGUCCUCCUCAAAACCAGUCCAAAACCCUAAAUUUCAGUCUUAUAAUGACAUCUUCGCUCUCUCUCAAACCCUAUUUCAGCUCUCUCUAUACUGAAGUCAGUAACAACCGGGGUUUGGGAAGUGGGUUUUUGCCUACAAGUUUUUGGGUUAAAAAGGACUGCAGUUUAAGGGGGAAGAAUUUGAUUAUAGUAAAGAAAUUUGAAGUGAAUUGCUUGAAAGAUAAAGAUAUGGAUGUGAGAACUUCAGCUUUGGUUGAUGGUGUAGCAGAGUGUUUAAAUGAAAUUGAGAUUAAGGAACCUAGUGUUUCGACAAUAUUGAUGAAUUUUGAGAACAAGUUCGAUCCUUAUGGUGCAAUGAGUACACCACUUUACCAAACAGCUACAUUUAAGCAGUCAUCAGCGACAGAGAAUGGUCAAUAUGAUUAUACUAGAAGUGGAAAUCCUACAAGGGAUGCCUUAGAAAGCCUCCUGGCGAAGCUAGAUAAAGGAGAUCGGGCAUUAUGCUUCACAAGUGGAAUGGCUGCUUUGGCUGCUGUCACUCAUCUUGUUGGAACAGGCCAGGAAAUUGUUGCUGGAGAUGACAUUUAUGGUGGUUCUGACCGAUUGUUGUCACAAGUAACUCCGAAGGCCGGAAUUGUGGUUAAACGGGUAAAUACAAGUGAUCUACAUGAAGUUGCAUCUGCAAUUGGUCCCCAAACAAAGCUCGUGUGGCUAGAGAGCCCAACUAACCCUCGUCAACAAAUUUCUGAUAUUCGUAAAAUUGCAGAGAUGGCUCAUGCACAUGGUGCUCUUGUCUUGGUAGAUAAUAGUAUUUUGUCUCCUGUAUUAUCACAACCGCUGGAACUUGGAGCAGACAUUGUGAUGCACUCAGUGACUAAAUUUAUAGCUGGACAUAGUGAUGUCAUGGCAGGUGUGCUUGUGGUAAAAGGGGAAAGCUUGGCAAGAGAUCUGUAUUUCCUCCAAAAUGCAGAAGGCUCUGGGUUAGCACCAUUUGACUGUUGGAUUUGCUUACGAGGCAUCAAAACCAUGGCCUUACGAGUUGAGAAACAGCAGGAGAAUGCACAGAAAAUUGCCGAGUUCCUUGCAGCACAUCCACGGGUGAAGAAAGUAAAUUAUGCAGGUCUUCCUGGUCAUCCUGGACGUGAUUUGCACUAUUCUCAGGCAAAGGGUGCAGGAUCAGUGCUUAGCUUUCUCACAGGAUCACUGGCUCUCUCGAAGCAUGUUGUUGAGACUACCAAGUAUUUCAGCAUAACUGUCAGUUUUGGGAGUGUAAAAUCCCUUAUAAGCAUGCCCUGCUUCAUGUCCCAUGCAAGUAUACCAGCUGCAGUACGAGAAGCCAGAGGUCUCACUGAAGAUCUUAUUCGUAUCUCAGUGGGGAUAGAGGAUGUCAAUGAUCUGAUUGCUGAUUUAGACCAUGCAAUAAGAACUGGACCAUUAUAGAUGUUUGAGCGUCUCCAAAUUUAACCCCAAAUUGUACGCCAGCCUCCCCCUGACUUUUUACCUGUAACAGGCAAAUAAUGCGCAAUUAUUUGAAUUUUUUUAACUUUAUAGCAUAAUUAUUUGUUACCUGGGGUGUUGAAAUAUUGGAUGGUGUUGUGUUGUUCGUGUCAACAAUUCUACUGUAUGCAUUCAAAACAAUAAAAGUUGGUAGAGCAGCUUUCCAGCUGCUGCUUGUGUGA